UUGGAUUAGUAAAAUUAGCUGGAACCGGUUCUACUAAUUGGAGUAAUAUUUUUAAUACAUCAUCUAAAUUUGGUGUACAUGUAGUUGGUGCAUAUGGAAAUGGUUUAAUACAGGUUUUGUUCGCAUAUGAAGGAUGGAAUAAUAUAAAUUAUUUAAUUGAAGAAUUAAAAGAACCAAAAGACAAAACCCUGACAUAUUCUUCUAUUAUUAGCGUUGUCAUUUCAUUUUUACUUUACUUUUUCACUAAUGCUGCUUUUAUAACGGUAAUUGGAAAUAAUAUUAUUGAUAACGAGAAUAUUCCAAUUGCUUUACGUUUUGGCAAAGCACUACUUGGUGGAACUGGAGAAAUGCUCAUGUCAAGACUUGUUGCAAUUUCUGCAUUUGGAAGAUGGCUUUCAUGUCUUUAUGCACGAAUUAUUAAAUAUGCUGCCGAAACUGAAUUCAUACCCAUGAUAUCUGAUAUUUUUAAAAACUAUAAUCGAAAAUUUAAUACAUUAACUAAUCAAUUAUUGGCACAAUUUUGUUACUGUUUGAUAUUAACUAUGCUUAUUUCGAUAAAAGCAAAUUGUUUUACUUUUUCCUCUUAUACAUCACAAUAUUUGGCUAUGAUUUUUCAUGCUGCGAGUGCAUUAUGUUUAUUGAUUUUAAAGACGAAUAUACUAGAUCAAAUGGAUAAAAUGGUUAAUAAACCAUUUUUUUCAAUUAUAGUUUUAAUUAUUCUUGUAUCACUUUUCCCACCUGAAUAUGGCAAUUAUAAUUAUCUAAUACCUUAUUUUAUAUCAUGGGUAGCAACUUUAUUGAGUGUAGUUAUUUGGUAUUUUCGAAAUCCAAAUCAUAAUACUGAAGUCCAAAAUGAAGGAUUUAAUGAUUAA